AUGAUAGGAGGGAGGAGAUUCUGGAAUGAUGAUGCUUAAGCCUAUUAUAAAUACCAGCUGAUAUUCUGGUGUGUAUGUACCAUUCCUAAACAUCAGACGGGAAGAAAACAAGAGAAAUUACUUUGAAAGAAGUGAAAAUGGGUGUGGCAGUGUGGAAAGAAGAAUUUGUGAAUAAGAUUAAGGAAGCAGACAUUGAAGAUGGGUGGAAACUCGUAGUUGAUGAAAAUCUUCUAAAGGGGGAUAGAGGACUGUAUUAUACACAGAACACCUUUGCUGGAUUUAAUUGCUCAAAGUGUAGACACCACUGGAAAUCAUCAAAGGUGUAUAUAUUAUUCAUGAUGAACCAAAAUAAAACCUUCAAACAUGGAACUGUAAAAAUGAGGAUUUUCAGGCAGGAAUGUAAAACCUGCGCUGCUGACGUAUUCGAAAUCCCCAAAAUCACACAUGAAAAUAUUAAAAGAGUUGUCAGCAAUGUGGUCACUAAAAUCCAGAAGAAAUUUUAUAGCAUGCAUGAUCCAAAUGAAGAUUUGAGACCAGAAUCAUUUGGGAGGUCGGAAGGUCCACAUGAUAAAGAACAUUGUGAAGCCUGCAAAUAUAAUUUAUGUGGCUCGCAGGUGCAGUCUGGCGAAUAUCAAAAGGAACUGGAACCCCAAGGAGUAUAUUCAUCUAAUGCUUUAACGCGUUUAGCUAUGGAUCUUGGAAGAUUAACACUAAAUAACAAAAUAAAAUAAAAAAUAAAUACAGCACCCUCUAAAAGAAUGUAUCUUACAAAGUAACGCCGAUAUAUAAUCACACAAUGUGCAAUUUUUGUUGUUCAACUACUGCUGUUCUGUAUUGUAUAUUAAAACACACAUAUUCUACUGUACAUUGUGAAACGCUUGUUAACCGCGUUACUCGCAAUCCGAGGUUCCACUGUAUUUAAAAUGAAUGGGAUGUAGGUAGGUCCAACUCCAUGGAGCUUUGUUUAGUUUUGGUAUAAGUGGGGAAAUGUUAUAACCUCUGUGAGGUUUUGUACAUUCUGUUGGACUUAUGGAAAGAAAAUAAUUUGACAUCAGUAAAAGUCACCUUCCUGACAAUU